UUUCAGUCUCAUUGAGAGACCAUCAUUCAGCAUGGCCUUUGAUUGUCGUACCAAUUCGUCGUGUUUAAUUAACCAACCAAGUAACUGAGGUCAUCAGGAGCCCUUAUCAUAGUUCAGAGGGAGCACCCGUGUCUAACUGAGUUGACAAACGAGCAAUGGACGCAGUUAGUGGAUUCGGAGAAUGUGAGCACGUCCGGCGGUUGCCUUCGUCUCGUGAACGUUCUGACGAUCAUGGAGUUGCGAAUUCGCGCUACCGGUAGCGUCCAAACUGGCCACGCGACGCCGUAGGGUUUUCAUACCGGCCUCUCUCGCCCCUGUUUACCGGUUGUUGGGUUUCCCGCCGGUCAUCCCGGGAAGUUGACUGGGUGGCAAGCUCCCGCCUGACUGUAAUCCGGGCGACUGGUCGUUCAAGAGUAACAAGGUGCUGUCGGAAUCUGGAGACAGGAUCUCCCGACGGGAGUUGACAGAUGUUGGAAGACGCUUUCGCUCUCAGACUCCACGAGCAGUCACGAAACGUCCAAUUCGUACGCAGUUGAUGCGACGAUUCUUCAGCGUUGCGAAUUUUGUAUAUCGGCGGGAGCUCGAUUGCAAUUCUGCCGCAGGGCUGAGAAUUGGGAGCGCAGAAGAGAUGCUGCAGUUGGAGAAGUGAUUGCAGAGCAGAACCGUUGAAUUUUCUUCAGUCCAGCUGCCAAAAUGUUGCAAAGCAAGGCUUACGUGAAGAAAACUCGUCAUGGCCGAGUUCUCAAGGUGGUACGAGAACAUUAUUUGCGGGACGACAUAGCUUGUGGCACCAUUACCUGCACAGCUUGUGACAAUAGCAAAGCCUGUCUCAGCGCUUCUCCAGCGCCGAUUAUCGUCUUUGAUACGAAUGUCGUUCUCCGUCAGAUAGACCUUCUUGAGAACUCAGCCAUCAGCAAUGUGGUUGUGCUGUCAGUGGUUCUUGAAGAAGUGAAGAAUAAGGAUCUUAGUGUGUAUAAUCGCUUGCGCACUAUCUGCAGCAAUCCCGCUCGAAAUUUCUUCGUGUUCUCAAAUGAAAAUCACAGGGAUACUUAUAUCAAAGGUCUGGCGGGGGAAAGUCCAAAUGAUCGCAAUGACCGAGCAAUCAGAGUGGCAAGCAAAUGGUACCACGAGCACUUGGGACCCGCUUCUAAAGUUGUCCUCGUUACGAACGAUGCUGAGAACAAGAGGAAAGCGCUGGAGGAGGGGAUUGAUGCUCAAACCGUUGAAGACUUCGUUCGGAAGUUAGGUCAAGCAGAACUACUUGACUUGCUCGUUGGGGCUGGAACUGAGGAUGCACAGACGACAGCGGACGCCGACGACAAUCGACCAUCCAAAAGAAAAGUGAUAUAUCCUGAGCACAAACUGAUGUCUGAGAUAACUUCAGGGCUGCACAAGGGAAUUUAUCAUCAGGGAAAGCUUCGAGUGAACAGAUACAAUGGUUUCGAAGCGACUGUGAGUACUGAAAGCCUUGGACAGGAGAUACUGAUUCAUGGUCGAAUCGACAUGAAUCGUGGAUUUGAUGGGGAUGUGGUCGCUGUGGAGCUUUUACCACAAGAGCAGUGGCAGGAAAAUUCUCUCGAAAAAAUCGUAGAAGACGUUGACGAGGAUGAGAGCGAAGAGCCGGUCGGCUUAGUGCCAGGUAGUGCCGAGCAGUUGCCAGAGCUUAUUGAGACAGGUCCUGCAGCUCGACCCCGUGGUCGUGUGAUUGGUAUUAUCAAGCGUAAUUGGCGCCAGUACUGUGGAUCACUGGAGCCGGUGGAGAAUACCAGCUCAGCUGGGGGAAAGGUGAAUGCCUUGUUUGUGUCUGCCGAUCGACGACUUCCGAAAAUUCGAAUUCAAACAAGGCAAUUGGAAAACUUGUCGAACAAGAGAAUAAUUGUUUCAGUUGAUUCUUGGGAGCGAACCAUGCGAUACCCCAGCGGACAUUAUGUCAGUACUAUUGGAGACAUCGGCGACCGAGCGACUGAGAGCGAAGUAAUCCUGUUCGAGAACGAUAUCAACAACAAGCCUUUUUCACAGCAGGUUCUAGACUGCCUCCCUCCUCUGCCCUGGUCGCUACCUGCUGAAGAGCUACAAAACCCUAACAGGCGCGACCUGCGACAAGUCCGUGUUUUCAGUGUCGACCCACCUGGUUGCAAGGACAUUGAUGACGCCCUUCAUUGUACACUUCGUCCGGAUGGAAAUUACGAAGUUGGAGUCCAUAUCGCGGAUGUUACAAACUUUGUCCUUCCAGACACUGCCUUGGAUCAUGAAGCAUGUCAGCGUGGUACGUCUGUGUAUUUGGUGGAACGACGGAUUGACAUGCUUCCAAAGCCUCUAACAGAAGAUAUAUGUUCACUCCGAGCAGAUGUUGAGAGGCUUUCUUUCUCAGUGAUUUGGGAAAUGACACCAGAAGCUGAAAUUAUAUCAGCACAAUUUACAAAGAGUAUAAUCAAAUCCUGUGCUGCCAUGUCAUAUGCCGAAGCCCAAGCGCGCAUGGAUGACAGUCGGUUGUCCGAUCCCCUUACAGUCGAUCUUCGAAACAUGAAUAGGCUCGCUAAGAUUAUGAGACAAAGACGUAUAGAUAGGGGUGCCCUUACUUUAGCAUCUCCGGAAGUGAAGUUUGAGAUUGACUCAGAGACACACGACCCCCUGGAUGUUGGGAUGUAUCAAAUUCGAGAAGCGAAUCAGAUGAUUGAAGAGUUUAUGCUCGCAGCGAACGUAUCAGUUGCCGAAAAAAUCGUUGAACAUUUUUCCCAGUUUUCGAUGUUAAGGCGACAUCCUGUGCCAUCACCGAAGAUGCUGGAACCGCUACUCCUAACUGCAGCUGCAGUUGGUGUCGAUUUAGAUAUCUCAACUUCCAAAGCUUUAGCAGAUUCGCUUGAUCGUGCCGUGGGCGGAGAUCCAUAUUUUAACAAGCUUAUCCGCAUCCUCGCCACGCGUUGCAUGACUCAGGCCCUGUACUUCAGCAGCGGAGAUUGUACACCUCCGGAGUUUCACCAUUACGGACUUGCGUCGCCCAUAUAUACGCACUUCACUUCUCCUAUCCGAAGAUAUGCUGAUGUCAUAGUGCACAGACUGUUAGCUGCUGCGCUUGGUCUCAGUAAGGUACCUGGAGCUUUGAGGGAGAAGACGAUGUUGACAAGUGUUGCAGACAACCUGAACUUGCGUCAUCGAAACGCGCAGAUGGCUAGUCGGGCCUCAGUAGAGCUUCAUACACUCAUUUUCUUCAAAAACAGGCCAACCGACACAGAAGCGAGAAUAGUGAGAAUCAAAUCAAAUGGUUUGAUUGUUUUUGUACCCAAGUUUGGUAUUGAAGGUCCCGUGUAUCUUACGGGGAAAAAAGACAAGAAAGAUGAAAGUGAUUGGAUCGUUAACGAACAGAGUCAAACCACAGAAUCUCGUGAUGGCAAAUACCGCUUCAAAGUAUUAGAUAAGUUAGUUGUUCACAUCGAAGUAGUUGAGCCACAACCUAAUAGGCCAAAGCUACAAUUAACUUUGGUUGACCAAGCGAAUGAAUGUAUGAGCAUUAAAUAAAAGAUAUUGUGAGUUCAUGC